ACUGAUCCAUCUCAUGCUCCAUUCUACCCUCACACAUGAACAAGACCCCAAGAUACAAUUGCAAUGUUAGCAAUCUAUAAAACAGACAGAAGAUAAAGCGACUAUGCACGAUUGAAGCAGGAAGUACCAUGGCACGUCUACUAAACUGAUGCAGAAAGGGUACAAGGAUGCAUAAAACUUCACCAGAUUGCAGGAAAUUAAGUGUUCAAUAGAGCUCAAAAUGUCUUGGCUUCGGCCCCCCGGCCCCCUGCCUGAUACUGAAACAAAACCUUUGCCCUUGAGUAGAAUUUGGAUACUGUAUUUUGUUCAUGGGUAACACUGUAAUAAAUCAGUUUCAGGAAGUAAAGUAGGCAUACUUAGAAACCUAAAAUAAUUCAAUUUUGGGUUGAUAUUUGAACUCUGGCAUAUGAAAAUAAUUUUUCCUGUAGUCUGGGAGUGCAGAUAAAUAUAGUACUAUCACAUAAAAAGACCGAUAUAAACAACUUGUGUUCAUCUAAUGAGCUAUAGUUGUAUUCAUUUGUACAAUGACAUUAUAACUUCAUCUCAUGGUCUUCAUCAGCAAAUGGAGUUUGAAUCCAGUGGUGCUCAUUAAAUACAUGUCACAUUUACUUAUUUAUGUGGAGAAAAAUUAAUAAAAACAACUCAAAGCUAUUGUGGGAGCCGAUGCAGUCGAAAACGGAAGUACAAACAGUGAAGCCUCUUGUUUUUUUUGAGUGCUUUCUUCCUCCUCUUUGGUGAUUGGUCAGAUGAUAAUACGUCACUUCGAUGACGCUGAAAAACUUCCUGGUCGACGCAGAACCACAUGUGUAGUGUCUACUCUUUUUGUUUUUUACUUUGUUUUGGUGCAGAUACAUGUUGUUAUAUGAUAUCAAUGAACUGUUUGGUUAAUAAUUAAUAUUGUGCGUCUAAAGCGGAACUUUAAAACUAAAACAUUUUCGUCGGAAACAUCAAACGGAUCUAUUUCCUGCAAAUGAAGACCUCCGCUACUUUGGCGGUGUUUUCAGCUAAACUACGCAAUGACCGGAGUGCGUAACUCUCUGGCUUUCACUCAGUCUGAUGCUGUAGCUGAUGUAGUAUCGGGGCAGUCAUGCCACAUUGUGCUGGAAACAUCCCCUCCAGACUACGUGGAGAAAAUAUCGCGGUAUCUUGAGUCUAACGAGGGACACAGCAGACAGAAUGAAGUAACGUUAUUUGAGGAAGCUGCUGAUGCAGACAGCGAUUCAGGAGACAGCCUGUUCAUAACUCAGAAGGCAGUACCUGAGCCUGUGAGGUCAGGGAGACGACAACGUCACCACAGCUUGAGGUCAAACCUCACAUCUCCUGGAGAUCAUAAAGAAAGCGACGAGAGCAAUUCAUCGUCCACUUCCCCCAAAGAAUCCAAAACAGGCAAAGAAAGGAGAAGAAAGAAAUACACCCUGCCAAAAUACAGGUUCCCUUUCCUCCCAGAGAAGUCCAGACGCAAUCUGCUACCUACCCAGAACAGACGCCUUCAUAAUUAUGUGAUGGGAGGCUUCUUUAAAUGUGUCAGAGAGCUGUGGCAGAGCUACCAAAGAGCAGAGGAUCUGGAGUCAUCUUUACCAACUGUUGACAUCGAUGGGGAGGACAUAUCUCCACUAUCAGAAGAGGACGAAGGUAAAGCAGAAGAUGAAGACAUCAAAGUGGUGGAGAGAAAACGUUUCAUGGCACUAUCAAAAGCAAAGCAAAUCUGGGGCAGCCAGUCAAAUCAGCAGAGGAGGAGGAAAGCUGGUAAUGCCGGAAAAGAAACCGUGCGAGGAGGACGAACGAAAACGUUAAGCAAAAAAACAGUGAAGGCGGCCUUAUUGAAAGAUAUACCAAUACUUUCAGAUACAGACUGCUCUGAUAAAGGAGAGCCCACUCAUAGAGGUUUGGUCCAGAAGGAGAGGACCAAUGAACACACAACAACUGACAGAAGCUCUCUGGCCCAAAGUGAAAUACUGAAGGCAAAGAAACGCCUCACGUUUCAGCGAAAAGCAACAGAGGAAGAGCUGUGCGAUGACAGCGAUGCUACAGUCUGUGAGCCAUGUGAGCUUCCGAGAAGUCCAAGACGAUCCACACAAAAGGGCGGAGAAGCAUCCACACCUGUAGUAGAGCCUCAAACUGAUGUUCUCCACACAGACGACACGUUUGCGACAGGACAGGCAGGGGACGGACCUGAAAGAGAACAUCUUCCAAAGAAGAGGAAAAAGAAGAAGAAGACAGACAAAGGAGAUAAUGAAGGUGUAGAAGAAGGAAAGGGCCAGAGUCCGGAAGAGCCGGAGGGUCUGCACGCUGCAACGUGUGUGAACUCGUCGCACAAUGAUAACACACCGAGACAGGACGAGGGAGACACUCCCGAUCCAAAACAUAAGAAAAAGAAGAGAAAAAAGAAUAAGCCUGCAGCAGAAAAUGUCGAACAGGAAGAGGAUGGAAACUUGGAAUCUGAUGUGAGAGCGGAGGAAGGUGGCAAGAAGAAGAGUAAAAGAAGUGGUGAGGACAUUGAGCAGCUACAGUCCAGCACAGUCGCUGAACCUCUAAAUGAUGAGGUAAAGAAGAAGAAAAAGAAGAAAAGGAAAAAAGAAGAGGAGGCUGCAAUUACAGAGGAACAUGAAGAGGAGGAGGCGUUGAAUAGGACUUCAAAUCUGCAGCCCAUAUUGACAGAACAGUUGGAGGAACCUGGAAAUUGUUUAGAAAGUGCUGCAGCUUCUUCCCAAGAAACAUUCAUCCAUGUCAAAAAGAAGAAGCACAAAAAGAAGCGGCAGUCGUCGUCUAAUGAUGCAACUCAGCAUGGAGAAGAGGGUGUAGAUGUGAACUUUAGCACUGAUAAUUCGGUAACUUCGGCUAAAGGUUCAGGGAUGUCACUGAAAAUGAAGAAAGCUAUCUAUGAGAAUAUCUUUGACUCUCCUGAACAAAAAGAAAAGGCUGAGAAUAUAGGUGAUACCCAGAAAACAGAGGAAGGCAUUGAGGACCAAAAUACUGAACUGGUGUCGAAAAAGAGUGAAAUAUGUAGUAGGGGUAUCUCCGAAGACGGUGUGGCACAAAGCGAUGAUUCAGUGUCUGUGCAGGAAAAGGAAGAGAGGAGGACCUCGUCCUUCCUCGUUGCUGAUGCAAAGGAAAACAACGCUCAGACACAUGGGGAGCAAAACUCUCCCUUGCAGUCUCGUGUCUCGGGUACAGAAAAACCCGGUGUCAGCGCUGGUUGUUCGGAGGAACUUAAUGGCAUCGUGAAAAAGAAAAGGAAGAGGAAGGAGUCGGUAGCACAGGACAGCGUGGAAAAGCCGCAUUUUGAGGAAGCAAACGAAAAAUGUCAGAACUUUAUACCCGAAACCACUGACACGGGGGUGAAAAGGAAAAAGAAACAUGCAGGAAAUGAAAGUGAGGCAGUGACAACUGUGAAAAGAUAUGAAAGUGCAGCUGAUGCAGGACUUUCUCCUCCUGAUGAGGCUGUGGUGUUGAAGAGGAAGAAGUUUAAAGAUCAUUUAAUACAACAGGAUCCACCAGCUGCCACUGACGAUGCUGAAAUGUCUCUUGACAGCACUACGACUGAGAAUCUGGCUAUAAAUGAUGUGACGCACAAGAAAAAGAAGAAGAAAAAGAAGAAGAAAAAGAAACCCACUGAUGAUGUUUUGCGUGAGGGGAAAUCGUUGACCGAGCCCGCUGAGCUGGAGCCCAGAGAAAAGAAAAAGAAGGAGCGUAAUAAGCCGUCAGCUGUUCCCAGCAGCCCCGUGUCAUCAGAGGCUUCUCUCUCUAAAGCUGAAAUGUUGUCACCCGACAAUAACACAAAAAAUAAGCACAGAAAGGUCAAGCGGAGACUUUAUGAUCCAAGUGAGGACUUGUGUGCAGACUGUUAGUAUGAAUUCACUGAUUGGAUGAGUUGUAGAUUGGCAGACAGAGAGAUCAUUUUUUUGGACAAUCAAUCAUCUGAAAACACAACAAUGAUAAUUAUGACAGUGUUAAGGGGAAAACAUUUUUUAAUGGAGUUUGUUUUGUAUCAAAGCGUUUUUUUACCGACACAGUUUUCAACCUUUUUGGUGUUGAAAUGCACUUUUUAAAAAAAUAAAAUAAAAUAAAAGCUGAAUAUGAACAUUACAAUAUUUGGAGGAAGAAUUGAUUAUAAUUAAUAUCUUUGUGAUCACUUUUGAAUAUAAAGCCAAAAUCUCAAGAACUUACUUGAAUCUGUUUUUUAUGUUUUUUAUUUUUGUGUUUUUAAUUGAUCAAUUUGAACACCCACCCGUCACAAUGGACAUUCUCUAUCUGACAGCAGGGAGAAGUUUCAUCUUUUAUUUCACUCUGCUGCACCUUUAGUAGAAAUAAUAAACCUCUUUAUAUGAUGAGUUGAAAUAAUUCAUGGUUCAGUAAAAGUCUAAAAGUUUAUGAGUGGUCGCACAGCUGUACAAAUAAAGCCCUGAACCAGUGCUUGUUUCG